CUUCUGUCCCACUACCUCGAUACCCCGGCAGCGAUGGCCAACACAACGCGCCGCACAGCGCAACAGAUCCAUGGGACCAAUCCACAAUUCCUCAUCGAAAAGGUCAUCCGAUCUCGUAUAUACGACUCCCUCUACUGGAAGGAGCACUGUUUCGCCCUCACAGCCGAGUCUCUCGUCGAUAAAGCCGUCGAGCUUGACUGCGUUGGUGGAACGUACGGCGGCUCACAGCGGCCCACGGCAUUCUUGUGCUUGGCACUCAAGCUGCUGCAGUUACAGCCGGAGAGAGAGAUAUUGGAGGCCUAUUUAGAGGCAAAGGAGUUCAAAUACCUCCGAGCCCUCGCAGCCUUCUAUGUCCGCCUCACCUAUCCCUCCCUCGCCAUCUACGAAACCCUCGAGCCACUCUUGGAGGAUUAUCGCAAGCUCCGCUAUCGCAAUACGGACGGAUCGUAUCGUCUCACUCACAUUGACGACUUCGUCGACGAGCUACUCACGCAAGAGCGCGUCUGCCAUAUCAUUCUGCCUAGGCUGGCGCAGAGGAGAGUGCUGGAGGACGGACAGGAGAGGCUAGAGCCCAGGGUCAGUAAGCUUGAGGAGGCCCUGCUUGCCGGCGAGGUCGACGAGGACGGUGAGGCGAAAAAGGGUGGAAGUGACGAAGACAGUGACGGCGCAGAGGGGAGCAAUGCGGCGAGGGAUAGGUGGAAGGAGAAGCUCCGCAGGCGAAAGGCGGCCAGAGAGGCUAAAGCGGCAGCAGCAGCUGCUGCGGCCGUGGGAGAGCGGAAGUCUCCUUCACCUGUGCCUCUGCCAUACAAUGGGCAAGACGGUGAAGAUGAGGAUGUAGGGUACGCUAGCCAAGAAGAGUCAGACGAGGAGAUGCGCGACGGGGAGCGUUACGUCAGUCGAUCGCCUUCACGAUCUCGCUCUGCCUCGCCAGCUUCGGAGCAGCGGUACAUCUCGCGGUCACCUUCGCCGGCGAGCGAUGCGGGGGAUGGUGGCUAUAUCAGUCGAAGCCCCAGCAGAAGUCCGGAUCGCGACUAAGUUAGCGGCUAAGCUCAAGCAUCUAUCACUCUACGCAUUUGUAUUUGUAUCAUGCAAUCCAUCAUCAGACAGCAGUCAGAUCCACUCCCCCAUUC